AUCUGGGCCGAGGGCCAGACUUUUUCUUUUUUUUUUUUGAAGGAGAAAAAACACGUAGCCACCCCGGUACGUUUGUAAACGGAGUGAUAUGGACUCUUGGAAGGGAACAUGAAUCUCGAAUAGAUGUGUUGAUGAAGAGUGAUCUGCAGUAGACUUUGGAUGGAGUGUGUGUUUCUUUCUGCAGCGCACAAACACAGCACAGAGGCACUGAGGGGGAUCGGAAUUUACCGGUGACAAGACUGAGAGGAGGAGGAAAAAAAGGGAAAAAGAGGAGUUACAUGGAGAAACUUUUUUUAAUUUUUUUUAACCCCGCUUCAAUCACAAUCAACAUCUGAAGACUGAAGUCGAUGAGAAGUACUUCCAGAAAGAGACAACCCAGACUUUUCCCCCCUUUUCGAGUGGUGCUUUAAACUUUUGAAGAACAGCUCCGACCAUGGCGAAAAAGUAUGAUUUCCUUUUCAAGCUGUUACUCAUCGGGGACAGCGGAGUUGGCAAAACAUGUCUGAUCAUUCGUUUCGCCGAGGACAAUUUCAACUCCACUUACAUUUCUACCAUCGCAGCCUACUACAGAGGAGCCAUGGGCAUCAUCCUGGUGUACGACAUCACAGACGAGAAGUCCUUCGAAAACAUUCAGAACUGGAUGAAGAGCAUCAAAGAAAAUGCAUCAGCUGGGGUCAGUCGAAUGCUACUAGGUAAUAAGUGCGACAUUGAAGCAAAGCGGAAAGUUUCCAGGGAGACAGGAGAAAAGCUGGCGAAAGAUCACGGCAUCAGGUUCUUCGAGACGAGUGCAAAGUCCAGCAUUAAUGUGGAGGAGUCUUUUCUGUCUUUGGCACGAGACAUACUACAGAAAUCCAGCAAGAAGGCAGGCCCCACAGGUCGAGAGGUGAAAAUCACGAGCAGUACAGAGAAAAAAUCCUCCAAAUGUGUUCUUCUCUAGAUGGGACGCUGGCCAGCACACAGAGUAAAGGAGCAUACACAUUUAAGAACACAUCAGUAUUACUGGGGAAAAAUACAGCACAGCAGGUUUUCUGUCUCCAUCUGGUGGGCUAAAAUGUCAAAUACAUACUUUUUAAAACCUAAAUUACCAGUAUACUGGUACCUCCCCCCCCCCAAAAGCAUUCUUUGCCAGAAAAAUAAUUUAUGUAUUUUAUUGAGGUGAUUGUGCCUUAAUUUCAUACUGAAUUUAAUCUGCCACACUUCCUGUGAUGGUGUUAUGAAAAUGUUGCAAAGUGCUGGUGACUCUAAACAGCAGUUCCCACCUUGUGUUAUAAGAUAUACAUGUGUAUUUCCGCCCUGUAUUUUUCUGGAUUAUCACUACAUUAUCAUCCCUACAACAGCAGUGCUUAAUGUCCUGAAAGAACUUUGCCUUGGUUUUUUAAAUCAUGUUUUGGACUGGGUAAAACACUUACACAGUUCAGUGGAACCAUUUCAUUCAUUUCUUAUGUGUGAGCGCCGGUAGUAGUGUCUUUUUAGGAGCUCUGUGUUAGAGGAGGCGUUUGAUGGGAAGUGGUUUGAUUCACAUACAGUACACACACAGUAGGCUUCUGGUUCUAGUAUUUGACUCAGAUGUUUGUUAUUUCCUGUUCAUCUUGAAUUCAAGGGGCCACAGGCAUCUCAUAGACUCUUUUAGAUAGUUUAAAUACUGGACAGAGUUAGUAAAUUGAUUACUGAGUAAGUCUGAAAACAUGUUUGGUUACCAAUUCACUUUAACUUUGGUCAGUUUACUGUUUUAUAAUAAUCAAUGGAACGGACAAGUUGAAAUCCCAUUCUUGCAGUGCCAUAUCAGAGACAUUUUAUUUUCCCCUAUUUUAGUGGCAUACAUUGCAGAGAUGUCACAAACUGAACAUUACGCUUUUUAUUGGUUAAAUUUACGUUAAUGUUGUGCUUAUCCUUUGUGAAUUGAUGUAAAGUCUUAAUAGUGUACAUUAUUGUAAAGCAUUCAACAGAAUCUACAAAAACAGAUGCCAUUGAGUCUUUAACAUGGACAUUUUGUAAGUACAUCCUAUGAGAAGUUGAAAACAUGCUCAUGCAAGUUGUUGAUGUUGGUUGUAUGAAGUUGAAUUUGAAACAAACACGGGUGAUAAACAAGCUUUACUUUAACAGAUGAAUAGAUUGAGAAUGUGAAAGAUAGGAACAGCGAUAAGUGCAAUAUGAGAAGAUGGGUGGAGAGCUGAAACAAUGAUGGAUAAUGUAAGUGAAUGGACAGGAUGUGAGGGAAGCAGUGCUCACAUGCCCCUCAUUUUGAAUUGAUUUAGUGGGUCUUGCCUUUUAUCUGAAGUGCCUAAUGAAUUUCUUAGUAAACACUAUCACACAUUAGCUACAUGUGACAUGUCUCCCUCUUCGGGCAAUUUCAGAUCACUCAAAAUGACUCUGAUUAUAGGUGCUCAUCUCAUCCUGUAUCAACUUUUUAAGCUUUUUUAUUCACAUUUUGUGUCUUUUUAGACCUGCCACAAGACUUUGUAUGUAGUUAACAGACCUUCUGCUUGCUGAAUAAAACAUGAGUGUGAUGUA